AUGGAGGACUCGGGACGAAUCAACGUGACCAUAACUGCCGGAGAAUACGAGCUCUUCAAGGAGGCAAAGAAGAGGGCCGCCUCAGAAAAGCAACAACAAACAACUGCUUCCCGACCAAAAAAGCUACCGGAUGUUUCUAAAGAGCUUGCUAACGCCUCAGACCGGGGCUCUAAGCGAAAACAACCUCUGGAAUUUCCCCCGGCCUUCUACAGAGAGCCGGGCCAGGGGUACCAUCAGCCAGACCCUGGGGUACCGCCCCCUACUAUAGGGGAAUACGACGACAGUAAAGAUCCUGAAGAUCAUCUUCGUAAAUUUAGGAAUGCAACCCUGUUACAUCAAUAUAGCGACGCUGUUAAAUGUCGCGUGUUCCUUAAUACUUUAUCAGGUUCUACCCAAAAAUGGUUUGAUGGACUGCCACAUGGGUCCAUCACCUGUUUUGCUGACUUCAAGAGUGUCUUCUUGCGCCACUUCGCCAGCAGCAGGAAAUAUCAAAAGACAGAUCACUGCUUGUUUGACCUCAAGCAGGGAUCUGCGGAGCCAUUGAGAAGCUAUAUUAAGCGCUUCAAUCAGGUGGCUCAGGAUGUUCCUUCAGCCACAUCCGAAAUACUCAUGAGCGCCUUCUCUCACGGGUUAACUGAAGGAGAGUUCUUCAGGGAUCUCAUUAGGAAUCCCGUAAAGAAUUUCGAUGAGAUGCUGGAAAAGGCGGCCAGCUAUAUCAAUGUGGAGGAAGCGCAGGCGGCGCGAAAGAAGGCAAACAAGCCACCUCUCGCUAUAAACCGGGCAGAGAGAAGAGUACCUCCAUCGCCUGCUCAGCCUCUCCCACGUGCUCGGGAUGCCCGACCCACUUUCCACCCUGGUCAGGAUACCCGACCGGUGCCAUGGGUAGCUGCAGUUCAGGUCCCCCGACCUGGUCCCUGGGGACUAUGCUAUUGCACAUACCACCGAUCCCACACGCAUGCCACCAAUGACUGCUACCAAUUUGUCCGGGAUGCCCGGCGAGCUGAUGAGAUGGGUUUACCACUAGCCGACCCUGGACUGAGCAAGAGGGACCGAGCAUACAACCACUAG